GCUUGAGGGGGUGGAGUUAGUAAAACCUUUGGAAAAAUCAAGGUGAGGCGGUAGUAGGAGGUCAGCCUUGGGCAGGACAAGGAAGGAGAAAGACUGGGCAGGAACUGAAGGGCUGGGCAGGAGAGGGGGCAGGGCCAGUAGGCUCCACCUCUUCCCUUCCCCACUCCCUCUGCAACCUGUUUUCUGCAGUCUGCGAGACAGGAGCCUGGGGAGGGGCCAUGGUGCCAAGCCAGUUGUGGGGGAAACUGGAGAAGCCGUUCCUCUUCCUAGGCUGCGCCUCCCUCCUCCUGGGGCUGGCUUUGCUGGGCAUUCGGCCGGACAUUGCCUCGGUUGCUUAUUUCUUUUUCUCCGUGGGUGGCUUGUUUUUGCUUGGCUGCCUCCUGUCCUGUUUUCUGGAAUUGGGGUUCCGAGCAAUGCAGACAGAGAGCCCAGGGGCCUCAGACAAUGCACGGGACAAUGAAGCCUUUGAGGUGCCAACCUAUGAAGAAGCCGUUGUGGUGUUGGAAUCCCAGUGCCGCCCUCAAGAACCAGAUCAGCCACCCCCGUACAACAGCAUUGUCAUCCCCCCAGGACUUGAGGGAGGACAGCCUAGCCCUCCAGAGGAGACGAGGAGAGACAGACUGAGAAGGCGAGUAGGCUCAGAGGGGUCUAUGAUGCAGAGAGGAAACCCUGGAAGAGCUCCAAACAGUGUUCGGCCUCGGGUACCACGGGUUGUAUCCACCGCUCCAGAUCUGCAGAGCUUGCGGGAACUCCCCAAAUCAGAGCCUCUCACUCCACCCCCUGCCUAUGACGCCUGCUUUGGUAACCCUGAAGAUGACAGCGUUUUCUAUGAAGACAGCUGGACACCACCCUAAAGGACUCUCCCACGACUGAUCAUCUCUCCACACCAGACCCACCUAUUCAUCCGAUCAACAUUUCCCUGUGUCUACUAUGCGUGAGGAACUGUUUCUCCCGGACAUCACAAACGGGGACUUGAACCCAGAGGGGAGGAGGCUACGGUAAGCCCUUUCCCAACUGGGAUGAGGGUGGCGCCAUGAGUCUCCUGGCACCGUCCGGUGACCUACCCUAUGUUUAGUAUUUCAGUAGAUUGCCCAGAGAAACUGGAGGAGGAAGUGACAUCUAAAUGUCAAAUGUGUCACAGGUUUCUACUGCAGGUGCUCUGCCUCCAUUAGACCCCUUAGACUAACAGCCUCGUGAGGCAUUGCCCUCAUUGAAAAAUGAGGAUUCCAAAGGUCAGGGGAGUUCGACUAUUUGCACAAGGGCGCACCGGCAGCAAAUAUAAAAAGCUUGAACUUCUAAUUCUGAAGCCUAUUGUGUUUUCAAUACCAGAUAACGGGAAGUCAGGCCACUCCUACAUCUCGCAAUCUCUGUCUUGGGAGAAAACAGAGGUAAAAGGCUUUAUAUCUAGAUAGAAGGAGGAGGGGAGUUGUCUACAGACGGGGCGGGCCGAGCUUGGCUGGGAAGACUCCUUGCAAAACGAAUCAAAUAAUCAACGUCGUGUGCACAGCGGCCCAGGCACCGCUCAUCGGGUCCCCAUCGCUCUUCAGGCCCCAACUGGGGACUUCCAGGUUUGACGAUGCCGGAUGUGAGUGGCAGAAAAGGAUGAGCACAUGGGAGCUCCUUGGAGAGCCACGAGGCACAGAUUCUAAAGACUCCCCCUCUGGGGUCGUCUAUGUAAAGCUCCCGGGUCACCUGCGAAGCGUCUCCAAUCGCUCAGCCGCCUAUCCCCGAGCGUUACCCAGGCCCCUGCCCUGCUUCCUCGGAGCCCACUAAGGACACGAGGCUUCCGGGGCUAUGCUGUGGGUGCUGGCCCCGGGGGCGACGACAUCAUUGCUGACCCCGGCCUCCUCGCUGACCUUCACUGCGCAGGUAUUUGUCUAAGGCCUUCUGGGCGUCUCGCCAUCUUCUCCGCAAUCUGGGCCUCAACAUGUCAAUAAAGUGAAAUACACGAC